AUGGCAUCCAAUACGAAGUCUUUCAAUCCCAACAAGCAUCUUAAAGAACAAUUUGUGAGCAAUUUAAAUGGUUCUUCCAAGCUUGAGCUCUUCCUUGUCAUGGUUAUACUCAUUGGUUCAGUACUCAUACGACGUGCAAUUGGCAGCAGGAAUAUAUUUGGUUUCAGCGCCUCAGAAGGCUUCUCAAAGAAAAAUGAUGGUGAAAUUGUCAGAAACAAGAGCUUAUGGGCGUAUAUUUCUACAAUGACUGUAGAUUAUCUCUUCAUUCUUGUUCCAUUUGUUUCUUUUCUAACAGUUUUGUCUGGUUGGAUAUAUCUGAAUGCUACCUUGGUGAUAUUCUUCCUGCUUGUCCUUUUCUCAGUUAGAAGAAUUGGAUCUUUAUUUCUUCAGGAAGAUGGUGUGAUUUCUUUUAGGAGACAUGUUACAUCAUACAGGGUACUUAUGAUGCUCGCCACAUGUGUGUGUAUUUUGGCUGUUGACUUCAAGAUCUUUCCUAGAAGAUACGCUAAAACUGAGACAUAUGGCUUUAGCUUGAUGGAUCUCGGGGUGGGAUCUUUUGUUUUAGCAAAUUCCUUGGUUUCCCGACAGGCACGAGACAAUUCCAUCACGACAUUGAGAAAUGUUGCCUACUCCUGCAGUCCUCUAAUUCUUCUUGGGUUUGCGAGACUUAUUUUUACAUCUGGUGUUGAUUAUCAGGUUCAUGUUGGAGAAUAUGGGGUGCACUGGAAUUUCUUUUUCACACUUGCUGGUGUGGCAAUUCUUACAUCAAUAAUUAACGUCCCUUCAAGAUACUGUGGUCUUUUGGGUUUCUCUGUUUUAGCAGGAUAUCAAUUCUGUUUGUCGCGGGGGCUGAAUAAGUUUUUGCUCUCUGAUGAAAGGGGAACAGACGUUAUUACCCAAAACAAGGAAGGAAUAUUCAGUAUGUUUGGAUAUUGGGGCUUGUAUCUUAUUGGAGUUCAGUUGGGCAAUUAUUUUUUGUUUGGAAAACAUUCAACUGUUGCAUCUAGAAGCAGUAACUGGGCAAGGAUCAGAGUCUGGAUUCUUUGUCUUCUAUUCUGGUCACUGACUUUAUUUUUAGAUCAGUAUGUCGAGAGGGUCUCCCGCAGAAUGUGCAAUCUGGCCUAUGUUGCUUUGGUUUUGGCUAUAAAUUUACAGGUCUUAGCCAUGUUGACACUAUCAGACUUAAUACCAGGAAGUAGAAUAUCCUUGUUGGAAGAAGCGUUUAAUCAGAAUCUUCUGGCAUCCUUUCUUCUGGCAAAUGUGUUGACAGGGCUAGUCAAUUUGUCCGUCAACACUCUCUUUGUUUCCUCGACCACUGCCCUGGCUAUUCUGCUCGCUUAUGCCUUUAUUUUAUGUGCAUCUGUUGGAUGUGCAUACUUCUACGGCUUGAAAUUGAAAUUUUGGUAG